AUGCUUGGCACCGGAGAUCUUUCACACCACACACCCAAAUUCGUCAUCGCCGUCACUUACCAGGAAUCUCUUACUACACGGAAGCAAGGAAGUCAUAGCACCAUCAUUCUGGCGAGCACCAGGAAUCUCCUUGAGGAAUUGGCCUACCAUUACCGUCUUGACGCCCCAGACUUCUCGAGAAUUCCUCUCGGUAAUAGUCCUACGAAUUCCACAGUCUCGUCGUCAGAAUCUUACCGGAGCACGCCUUCUUCAUAUCAGUCUGAAGCUCCCGUACAGCCUAGCACUCUUCCUAUCAAUACUACAAAAGCAAUCAUGCCUCGCCCUACGUUUGCUACAUGUGGUAACUUCUCGGGAACCACUGGCAUGUCAGCAUCAAAGUGGCUCCGAAAGUUCGACUUCGACAUGGAGGAUUACCAAGAUGAAGAAGGUCGUUUCCCCCCAGCCAAGUAUCUGGGAUAUCUUGACAUGCUUCUUGUCGACGAUGCUUCCGAGUGGUCAGAAAGUCAUCCAGAAGCUGUCCGACUUCUUACCGAAGCAGAGCACUCCGGUUCCCAGCAAACAAUCCAGCAGUUCCGGGCCAUAUUCUGCGAGAAGUUUCCCUCGAAAGCUGUGGAAGUAAGUGCGAUCCCGUUCGAUGUCGAGAUUGCAGACCUACAUCAACGUCCCGAAGAAUCCCUUGCUUCAUACUUCAAGCGUGUCACCAACUUGAUGCAGAGAGUUGGGAUCAAGGAUAGGCCCGCUGCUACUCCCAGUGCUGCCUUCAGCCUUCUUGAAUCUACCAUGCUCGACACCAUUCUCCGUGCAUUCAUCAGAGGAUUGAAUGAUCAAGAGAUUCGAAAGGAAGCAACGAGAGGCAUGGCAUCGUCUGACAGAUCUCUACACAUGGUCUACAAUCUCGCAGAAGAAGCACGGCGUACCAACGCCGAAAUCCAGAAGCUCUUGGAUGAAGAAUCGAGAUCCGACCAGCUCCAGUUCUACAAAUCUCUCGUGGAACGAAACUUGCCGAAGCAACAGGUGGCUUCCUUGCUUGCUUCUCAUCAAGCUGCCAAAGCUCCGAGGCCCUCACAUUAUCAGUCUUGGUCCUUCCAUGCGGAUCCACCGGAGCAGCUGCCAGAGGCUUCCGCGGGACCUCAACGUUUCACGCAAUCCCAACCCCCAGAGUAUCGUCGUUCUUCACAUGAAGUUCCGGCUCCUGCUCCGGCUCCGGCUCCGAUCUUAGGUCAGAAUCCCAACAAAGGAAACGCUGGCAGGAGCGGACCCCCGAAUCCCAUAGCUGGCAGUCGCUUCCGUAACUAUCAGCCUACCCCAAAAGAUAUACCCGAGCGUAGCACUUCGAAAAACCCUUACAUCAAUGGCACAAUCCACUGGUCUUACGGGAAAGACGGUUAG